GUUAUCGCGCCUCCUCUUAAUAAUUUUGUAAUCAUAUUUAAAACCACUGCGUUUUCUCGUCGUUUAAAUCUUAGAAGAUCUUAUAUAUGUUUCCCCGAUGGUGACGGGACCGACGGUGAAGGAACUAGAGGACAUCUCCGCCGAGCUCAAUCUCGGAUUGGAAGGGAGUACCGUACUCAAAGAAUAUCAGUCAGUCAUCAACGACUCCUUGGAGAUGGUGAACCAACUCGAUGACCUGGUCGAACCCGGUCUACCGGUGAAGUAUCCACGAACUCCGGGUUACCGACCUACAAGGGAAGAGAACCCUCACAAUGCAUGGUACUACAAAUGCAGAAUCGUAGGAGCAGACAAUGGAAACUUAUCAGGAAAGCGUAUUGCAAUCAAGGACUCUAUUGCUGUAGCGGGAAUCCCGAUGAUGAUCGGAUUCAGUGGUCUUGAAGGAUACGUUCCCGAUUUUGAUGCAACCGUGGUCACGUGGGUGUUAGACGAAGGUAAGCUGCAGGAAGUGCCAAUGAUGAUUGGGAGAGUUGUGUCAUCUCGGGGAAUCAUUCUUGGGAAAGCGACUUGCGAAGAAUUGUGUAAUUCAGCGAACAGCUAUACAAGUGGAACAGGACCAAUCACGAAUCCCCUUAACCCACGUCACUGCGCUGGCGGGUCAAGCUCGGGAUGUGCAGUGUUGGUGAGUGUGUAA